CUCGUCUGAGUCUUGUGGCACAUGCUGCUCCUCAGUAAUUGACAGUGGGUGGUAUGGAUACUCAUGGUGUAAAUUGGUUUUAGUGGCUUUCUCACGCAUCAUCUGAUGAGAGCAAGUUGGGAAGUUAGAUGACUGAUGGGUAAUGUUUCCUGGUUGUGAUGGAUGCGAAUGUGUCUCCAGACAUUCUGACCCAGAGAGAUGGAGAGUGCGUCAUCCAUGUAGACUCACGAGCUACCCUGGUGUGGUGAUGGCAUUGAGGAGAGGCGUGUUUAGACAUACUCACCACCAGCCUCUCAGAUGGCAGCCGUCGAUGUGUCCCAUGGUCAUGUUUCAACAGACCCAAUUGGCCUCCGUGAAGAACAGACAGAGGCAGCAAGGAUGGUGGCUGACUGUCUGAUCAAUUGCUACCAGGACUCGGUGAGCUUUGAAGAUGUGGCUGUGUACUUCACCCAGGAGGAAUGGACUUUACUAGACUCAGCUCAGAGAGACCUGUACAGAGAUGUGAUGCUGGAGACCUGCGAGAACCUGGCCUCCAUAGGAAACCUGCUCAACCAUAGUGUGAUGUAUUGGCUGGAGGGGGAGGAAAACCUGGGGACUGUGCAGGAAGGAGAUCCCCAAGAAUGGCGACUUAAAACCAAAGGGUCAACACUUCGGCCAGAUAUUUUCUGGUUUAAACCUUCAAAUGGGAUUCAAAUGGCAGGAAGCUACAGUGGAGGAGAGCUCUGUUACCACAAGCAACGUGGAAAAAUCUUCAGUGAACACUCGGGCCUUAUUACAUACAUGAGAACUCAAAGUGCAGGGAACACUUAUGUGUCCAGUCAUUAUGGAAAAUACUUUUUUAUUCUGCACAAAGAAACCUCUACUGGAGAACGAUUUUCUGUGUUGAAUCAGUGUGGAAAAGCUUUUAGCCUGACUCCAGAUGUUGCUGACCACAUAACUUGCACACAAGACAAAUCCUCAGACUGCAGUGACAGUGGAAAAGCAUUUCCUAAUCAGUCGUAUUUUCAGACACAUAUGAGAACUCAUAAUAGGGAAGAGCUGCAUGAGUGGAAGCAAUGUGGGAGAGCUUUGACUCACCCCACAAGCCAUGUUGAGCUUGUUGAAAUGCACAUUCUAAAGAAUCCCCAGGUCUGUAGACCUCCUUCUGACCUUAAAAUUCAUAUGCAAACCCACACUGUCAGGAAGCCCUUUGAACUAAAGGAAUGUGGGAAAUCCUUCACGGUUUCCUCAAGCCUAACUGAACAAGUGAGGACUCAUACUGGAAGGAAGCCCUAUGUGUGUGAUCAGUGUGGGAAAGCCUUGACUGGGCGCUCAGGCCUUUCUAAACACCUACAAACACACACUGGAGAGAAGCCCUAUGAAUGUAAGGAAUGUGGGAAAGCCUACAAUAGGUUGUAUCUACUAACCGAACAUUUGAAAACUCACACAAAGGAGAAGCCCUUUGAAUGUAUGGUGUGUAGAAAAUCUUUCAAAAAUUCCUCAUGCCUUAACAAUCAUGCUCGAAUUCACACUGGACUAAAACCCUAUACGUGUGACUACUGUGGGAAAGCAUUCACUGUGCGCUGUGGCCUUACUAGACAUGUACGAACUCACACUGGGGAGAAGCCAUAUGAGUGUAAGGAGUGUGGGAAGGCCUUUACUGUUUCUUCAAGCCUAACUGAACACGUACGUACUCACAGUGGAGAGAAGCCCUAUGAAUGUAAAGAAUGUGGAAAAGCCUUCACCACAUCCUCACACCUUAUUGUGCAUGUAAGAACUCACACUGGAGAGAAGCCUUAUAGAUGUAAGGAAUGUGGGAAAGCUUUCGCUUCAUCUUCACACCUUACUGAACACAUAAGAACUCACACUGGAGAGAAGCCCUAUACGUGUAAGGAAUGUGGGAAAGCCUACAAUAGGUUUUAUCUUCUAAAUGAACACUUAAAAACUCACACAGAGGAGAAGCCCUUUGAAUGUAUGGUAUGCAAAAAAUCCUUCAGAAAUUCUGCAAGCCUGAAUAAGCACAUUCACAUUCACAAAGGAAUAAAACCCUAUGAGUGCAAGGAAUGUGGGAAGGCCUUUACUGUUUCUUCAAGCCUAACUGAACAUAUACGAACUCACACUGGGGAGAAGCCCUACAGAUGUAAGGACUGUGGAAAAGCUUUCGCUUCAUCAUCCCACCUUACUGAACACAUAAGAACUCACACUGGAGAGAAGCCCUAUAUAUGUAAGGAAUGUGGAAAAGCCUUCCGUGCUUCCUCACAUCUACAUAAACAUGUGAGAAUCCACACUAAACAGACCUAUGAAUGUAGGGAAUGUGGAAAAGCCUACAAUAGGCUUUAUCUACCAAAUGAACACUUGAUAACUUACAAUGACAACAAACUUGUUGAAUGUAAGGAAUGUGGAAAAUCCUUUAGGAAUUACUCAUGCCUUCAUCACACUAAAAUUCACAUUCAUGAGAAAGCUUAUUAAUUUAAAGGAUGUGGGGAAACUUUUGGUUAUCCUAGUUCACUUUGCAGACAUGAGUGAAUUCACAUUCAAGAUGCCCCUUGAUUUUGAGGACUGUGGAGAGCCAUCAGAAUCUCAUUAUAGUCCUGGAGUAAGACCUCACCUGGAGCCACAUAGUUAAGAAGCACAGAAAGCCCUCAUGCUUCCUCAGGUCUUACUAAUGGUGUAUGAUCCUCCUGUGAAGACGAACCCUAUUGAUGUGUGCUGUGUGGAAGAGUUGUACUGCUCAAGACUUCCAUAUCCACUUGUUAUCUCACAAUGAAGAAAAACUCUAAGAAGGUAAGAAAUGGUAGAAAGUCAUUUUUUUAAUGUUACGUUAUCUCUCAACCUUUAGCAAUUGUGGUUCACACUAGAAAUUGUGAAUGUACAGGAUCUAAUGUUGCACUACAUCCUGGCAUUGCCUCUCUGUCUUGAAAUAUUUUAUGCUGGCAGAGAUAAGACUUCCUGAGUGGAUCUGUAGGCAUACUAUGAACAUGUAUAGAUCUGCACUGGUCAUUCCUGGAGUAAUACUUUUUCCCCUAUAGUAAUACCACUCCAGCCCACUUCCUACACCUUCCACACUGAAACCUGGCUGAAGUGGGCUUCAGGACUCAAACUUAGUCCCAUUUUGCAGUGUCGAUCCUUUGUUGUUCUGUCACGCUCUUAGACAUGGUUACUCACAGGGGCUAGUACCAGCCAACAUGGCAUUUAUAAGGCAACUUAAAACAUUGUAGAAAUUGCCCUGUUUUUCCUCUCACAAGGUAUUCUUACAGAUAAAAAAGGCCAGGGAGCAAGGAGGGACAAAGUGGAGAAAGAGUGAGGUUAAUGUUAGUGUUCUGAGAGACCCUGAUUUCAUGAGAAUGGAGGCAGAACCAUGACCCCUGCCCCAGGGAGGUGGGCAUCCCGGUAACAGUGUAGUGAAUGCUGUCUCUGAUCUCUGGAUUAUUCUACAGCCUGGCAGAGCAAUGAUAUCCAAUGUCUGGGUCCAGCAACUGCUGGGACUGGCAGUAUAACCAACUUCUGUGUUAGUCAUUCUGUUUACAUGCUACAAAAAUCAAAAAACACCUGAGAACACAGCUAGUCUUGCUGUUGCAGUAUGUAAAACACCAUCAUGUCACAUUCUGAAUGGGGCCGUUGAACACAUACAGAGCAGCACACCCAGGCACCAGAGUGGGGAAAUAUGUGCACUUCUGACUCUACUAUCUGAGCUUGUAUAUUCUAUGGUCAUUGGAUCUGCAGCUGCCUGAUGACUAUUUCCAUGGCGUGUAACCACCCACUGUGCUGGUAACAUACAUUGCAGUACAAAAUAAAUCUCGAACAAGGAGAACUGUG